AUGUUUGCAGGAGGGAGUGAGACAUCAACAGCAACAACUGUGUGGGCUAUGUUGGAAAUGAUGAAGAAUCCGAGGGUGAUGGCAAAAGCACAAACAGAGCUGAGAGAUGUGUUUAAAGGGAAAGAAACAUUGGACGAUGAGAAAGACAACAUUAUCGAACAACUACCAUAUUUGAAGCUAAUAAUGGUGAAAGAAAUAUUGAGGUGCCAUCCCCCAUUUCCUGUGUUUUCUCCAAGGGAGUGCAGGGAGGAAAGCAUUGUCAAUGGCUACACCAUAUCCCUCAAAACAAAAGUAAUGAUUAACGCUUGGGCAAUAGGGAGGGAUCCCAAGUACUGGGAAGAUCCAGAGAGCUUUACUCCCGAGAGAUUUGAGGAGAGUUCGAUAGAUUUCACUGGAAAUCACUUCCAGUAUUUGCCUUUUGGUGCUGGGAGGAGGAUGUGUCCAGGACUUGCAUUUGGUUUUGCAAACUCCAUUUCACCUUUAGCUCUUCCACUAUGA